UAACUCCACACAUAAGCCUCGCUCUCUUCUUCUUCUCCAAUCUCCACCCAGCAAACCUCACAUCAUUUCCAUUUCACCAAAUCCCACAGAGAAAGAAAAAAAAUGACCGAAGCACAGAUAAGGAAGAAGCCAGGGAUGGCGAGCGUGAGGGACAUGCCUGUCCUCCAAGACGGACCCCCACCGGGCGGGUUCGCUCCGGUCCGAUACGCCCGUCGGAUCUCCAGCAAUGGUCCCAGCGCCAUGGCUAUCCUCCUCGUCGCAGUCGGUGCUUGGUCCUGGGGCAUGUACCGGCUCGGUCAGGGCAACAAGAUCCGAAGGGGACUUAAAGAAGAAAAAUAUGCUGCUCGGACAGCCAUACUGCCUCUUAUUCAAGCUGAGGAAGACGAAAGAUUUGUCAAAGAGUGGAAGAAGUAUCUUGAGUAUGAGGCGGAAGUAAUGAAAGAUGUGCCUGGUUGGAAAGUUGGUGAAAAUGUGUAUCACUCUGGGAGAUGGAUGCCCCCAUCAACAGGCGAGCUCCGUUCUGAGGUCUGGUGAUACCAUUCUAACUGCAGUUAUUUAUGUGGUGGUGGUUUAAUCAUCAAGAGUUGGUUGUUUUCUCUUCAUGCAAGUUUCUUAUAUUACUCCGUCUCAGGCCCUGUUGAAGUGAAAAUAAAAAUGUAUUUGAAACUUUUCAAAACCUGCUUUGCAAAUGCUACUACAACAAUUAUUGUUUAAUGUUACUCCCAAGUUGUUUUCUA